AUGAAGGUCUCCGCAGUCCUCUUGUGCCUGCUGCUCACCAUGGCCGCUCUCACCACUCAGGUGCUCGCUCAGCCAAGUAUUUUUCGAGACAUUAACCCAACCUGCUGCAACAAUUUCACAGAUAAGAAGAUCCAGAUGCGGAAGCUGGUGAGCUACAAGAGAGUCACCAGCAGCAAUUGCCCCAGAAAAGCUGUCAUCUUCACGACCAAACUGAACAGGAAUAUCUGUGCUGAUCCCCAGCAGAAGUGGGUCCAGGAUUCCAUGAAAAUUCUAGACAAGAAAACCCAAACUCCAAAGUCUUGA